AGCUGUCACUUUGCGUGUAACGAAACUCCUCGAAGUUACGUCUUUGGCGAGCCGAGACGUUCCAAAAAUACUUUUUCCUCAAAAAUAGCCUUUAGUGAGGUUUUAAUUACUACAAACUAUGUCCCUAAUUAGCAGAAAUAUUAUCCGAACCCUGGUGCAGGGGUCCCAGCUCGCGGGGAAGGGUCUGCACACGACGAGUGCGGUAAACGCCGACAAAAACGUAUGUUACGCGCCACAUUCCAUCAUCUCCCUGCCUGUGAGCAAAGAGGGUCGCAUUAAGUGCACCCUCAUCCCCGGAGAUGGCGUCGGCCCCGAGCUCGUCUACUCCGUACAGGAGGUGUUUAAGGCGGCCGGUAUCCCCGUGGAUUUCGAGUCGUUCUUUUUCUCGGAGGUGAACCCGACGCUGAGCGCGCCGCUCGAGGACGUAGUCAACUCCAUCGCGCGCAAUAAGAUCUGCAUUAAGGGUAUCCUGGCCACCCCAGACUUCUCCCACACCGGCGAGCUCCAAACCCUCAACAUGAAGCUGCGCAACGCCCUCGACCUGUACGCCAACGUCGUGCACGUCAAGUCGCUGCCGAACGUCAACUGCCGCCACAAGGAUGUGGAUUGCAUCAUCAUCAGAGAGCAGACCGAAGGCGAAUACUCCGCCUUGGAGCACGAGUCCGUGCCUGGUGUGGUCGAAUGCCUCAAAAUCAUCACCGCGGCCAAGUCCGACCGCAUCGCCAAGUUCGCGUUCGACUACGCGGUCAAAAUGGGCCGCAAGAAGGUCACCGCCGUCCACAAGGCCAACAUCAUGAAACUCGGAGACGGCACUUUCCUUAGGAGUUGCGAUCAGAUGGCAAAACUGUACCCCCGCAUUGAGUUCGAGAAAAUGAUCGUCGACAACUGCACGAUGCAGAUGGUGUCCAACCCGAACCAGUUCGACGUGAUGGUGACCCCCAACCUGUACGGCAACAUUGUGGACAACCUGGCCAGCGGGCUGGUGGGAGGAGCCGGAGUCGUUGCUGGCGCUAGCUAUAGCGCGGAGUGCGCUGUGUUUGAACAGGGCGCUCGGCACAUAUUCUCCGGCGCCGUGGGCAAGAACAUCGCCAACCCGUGCGCCAUGCUGCUCUGCUCCGCCAACCUGCUGGCCCACGUCAACCUCCACUCCUACUCCAAGAUGAUCAAGAACGCCAUCAACAAGGUCCUCGUCGACGGCAAGGUGAGGACGAAGGAUCUCGGCGGGCAGUCCACCACCAAAGACUUCACCUACGCCAUCAUACACAGCCUCACACAGCCGCAGUAAAUCCAUCUACGUUUCAUGUUUCCCAACUAUUGUCGAAUAGUCCUAACGGUGAC